AUGACAGCACUGCCCUCGUGUGUCACGCUCAAAAUAUCCGCUGGAAGACUGCGCGCAUUAAAUCUACCGGAAAAGCCUGCACGUUGCACGCCGACUACGAGCAGGGUGAUGGGGCAAAGCGACAAGGACGUGAUGAAUGGGCAAGAUGGUGGGAAUCUGGCGAACUCGGACAGCGAGGUGGAUGGCACCGCCACCGCUAAUAUUGAUCAUGGGCCUGAGCCUAAGUCUGAGCCUAAGUCUGAGCCUGAGCGCUCCCCCGACGGAUCCCUACCGCCGCCCGAUCCUCAUACCCUGGCCUCCACCAAUGGCAACCACCCGUCGCUGGGCAAGGGACACAGGCGAGCGAAGGUCAACUUGAAAGUGAAGUCAAACACCAAGACUGUGACUGCUGCUACCACUGGCACUUCUGCUGGCAGCUCCAAACGCCACACACCCGCCCACCAUCGCCCACGACGCGGCACAUCCAUCCUCAAACCGGACAGUGCCUCCUCCACCUCCGCCAGACGUCAAAUACGCGGAGCAACCGCCGCAGCAGGCAGAGGCAGAUCUCCCUCCAGAACGGUUACCCUCCUAUCCGAACCCGACGUCCUUCACAUCAGUUCCUCGCCGUCCGCAACUUCCAACGAGGAGAAUGAAACACCCAGCGACUCUGAUGAUGUGAAAAUCUCCCGUUCUCCCUCCGUAUCCGACAAAAUGUCCGACACUCCAGAGAAGCAGGCAUUACCACCACCCCAGCGACCUUCGCUCAAACUCAAACUCAGCAAGCCGGUCAUACCACAAGUGGGAGGAAACCAGCCUGCGCAGACGCCAAUCCCGACCAGCGCGACGCGAACCCCGUCCAUCAAGCUCAAGUUUGGAGGCACUCCCGUCCCAGCUUCCCAGAAAGUACCUAAUAAGGAGGAGGACACUGUUACGGUCACGCCAGCAUCUUCUGCGAAGAAGCGAAAGCGAGCCCACAACACCAACGACACAGAAGAUGAGAUUGCACGACCAGCUCCGAAGCCUCCCGUCAUUCGUAAGAUUACCCUAAAGACAGACCCCAGCUCGCAAAAGCAAACCUCGAAGUCUGCGCAAGCCCCGACGCUUAAGAUCAGAUCCAAGGGCAAAAUACCCAAACGGCCGCUUGGGGUGGGUUACGACUCGGAACUUGAAGAGCGAGAGCAAGAUCCUGUCAUUCACGAAGGCUUUAUCCUACGUAUGCAGCCGGGGCCGGAUUGCGACUAUCUGCGAAAAGCGAUCGAGGAUGGAACAGUUGGCCUGCCGCGUGCAAAAGGGGGUCCGGACGUCAGGAUGAGAAUGCUAGACACUUCUGGCCGAAGGGGGAUCAUGAUUAUUAGAGGGAACCAGUAUGCCACCACACUGGUCGAUCUUCCCUGCAUCCUGGAAGGUAUGAAGUCCUGGGACAAGAAAGGCUGGAUCAAGAGCAUCGACGUUGGCCAAAUGCUGCUAGUUUUGGGACGUUGCAAUACAGAUGAAGAAGCGAGAAACUAUCCUCUCCCAGAAGAUGUCGAUCCGAAAAACUACCAGUAUGCCCACGGAAUCACGGCACCCAUGAAAUGGGUGCGGAAGCGCCGCUUUGCCAGAACCAAACGUGCCCGGGUAGACGACAUCGAAGCCAUAGAGCGAAGGGUAAAUGCUCUUCUCGAAGCGGACAAGGCCGCGAUUUCGACCAGAUAUCAGCUCCUCGACCACGAUCCCCGCCUCGACGAAGAACGAUACAGCUCUGGACUAGAUGGAGAAGACGAAGAUGCAGAAGGCGAGGAUGAUGACGACGUACAAGGGUAUUUCGACCUGAGCAACGGCCAACAUGGCGCUAUCCUCGAACCGCCCGUAUUCGCCGAAACCCCCGUGGAAGACAUUGGCCAGGAUGAGGUUGAUGAGUUCGAGAGGAUGUUCGCAGGCGACGACGAUGGCCCGACCACCGAGUCGGCGUCGCAGGCCCGCAACACAUUGCACAUUCCCGAACUAGGCGACUCCUCAGUCGUGGUCACUAGCACCUCAGCCUCGCCUUCUGUCACCGUGGCGCACACCCCUGCUUCUGCCGCGGAAGCGUCUUCUGACGAGGAUGAGGAGGACGACGGAGGUGAUGAAGAUGAAGAUCUUGACGACGCUGAGGCAGAGGGCGAUGAAAACCUGCAGCAGGUCAAGGACAGGAUCCAAGAUUUGCAACAAAAGAUUGCAGAGCAGACGGAAGUACUGAAGCAGACGCAGAAUGCGAUUCUCAAAAAGAAAUUGGCGAGGAAGAUCCAAGACCUGAAAGAUGAUGUGGCAAUGAUGAAGAAGAAUGCAGGGCUGGGCGGAGAUGAAGACGACGACUAA